UCCCAGCUGUUGGCAAAUGACUCGCGUCUCCACCAUCCGGUAACAUCGUGCCUACGCAUCGGGACUGCGCUCAAUGCCCGUCAUCAUGCCUACUCAAACCACAGCGUUUGCACUGUCGGGUGAAAUCUGAAAUUGGCUCAGACGGGCUUUAAAAAACCCGUGGUCAUCGGAUGAGACUGUAUCCAUCGAAAUUUGGAAUUUUGUCCGUUGGGUCGUGCUGCAGUACAGAGAAAUAAGACUGGCAUAGACUGGCGCGUGCAUCUUCAGAGCGGGCGAGGACGCAACAGUAUUUACAUUCACAGUAUUACAGCACCACAGAUUGGAAUGGCCUCCUUAUCAACCCCAUCACACAGAUAUUAGCCAUGUGAAAGAUCUGGCAUAACAAAAUGGGGAUGGCUGAGAGAUCAUGUGUGGGGGUGAGCAGCUGAGAUUGGCUGUGAUCUGGAUCUUCUCUACAGGCUGAGAGCAUGUACAGGAGGAAUGGGCUCCCUGCCAGCAUCAGCAUCACCUCUGGCCACACACAGGACAGCAGCAGUUCAGAGUCUCUGGAUGGACGGAGCUUGGACUCUGCUAAGAGUUUUGAUGCGGUGGUGUUUGACAUGCUCAAAGUGACACCUGAGGAGUUUGCUAGUCAGAUCACUUUGAUGGAUGCUCCUGUAUUUAAAGCAAUACAGCCUGAGGAGCUGGCAAGCUGUGGAUGGAACAAAAAGGAGAAGCACAGCCUUUCACCCAAUGUUGUGGCCUUUACGAGGAGAUUCAACCAGGUGAGUUUCUGGGCAGUGAGGGAGAUUUUAACAGCUCAGACACUCAAAAUACGAGCAGAAAUUUUGGGACACUUCAUCAAAAUUGCAAAGAAACUGCUGGAGUUGAAUAACCUGCAUUCGCUGGUGUCGGUGGUCUCUGCUCUUCAGAGUGCUCCCAUUUUCAGACUGAGUAAAACCUGGGCGUUGAUCAGUCGAAAGGACAAGGCCACCUUUGAGAAGCUGGACUUCCUUACGUCAAAGGAGGAGAAUUACAACCGCAUGAGAGAGUACAUCAGAUCCCUCAAAAUGACCCCCUGCAUCCCUUACCUGGGAAUUUACCUGUUUGAUAUGACCUACAUUGACUCCGCCUACCCUGCUUCUGACAGCAUCAUAGAGACUGAGCAAAGAACCAAUCAGAUGAACAAUCUUUUGCGUGUCAUCGCCGACCUUCAGGUGUCCUGUAACUAUGAUCAUUUGGUCACGUUACCACAUGUGCAGAAGUAUCUGAUGUCAGUGCGAUACAUUGAAGAGUUGCAGAAAUUUGUUGAGGACGACAAUUACACACUUUCAUUGAAGAUCGAACCUGGGAACAGCUCGCCUCGUCUGGUGUCCUCUAAAGAAGACCUUGGAGGGCCCUCUGAAGUGUCAGCCUCAGUGAGAUAUAACCGCCGGCCGACCUGUCCUGAUACAUCAGUGGUUGCCUACCUCCCGACCCCACCCCCUGCCCGCCACAGGAAGAGCCACAGCCUGGGGAAUAAUAUGAUGUGCCAGAUUGGUGUAGCGGAGAGUAAAAGUGCAACUUUCCCAGCUAAAGAAAAGGCCAGACACCUUUUGGAUGAUAGUUUCUUAGAAUCACACAGCCCUGUGAGAAACCACACUUAUGAUUCAGUGUUCACCAAUGGCAUUUCACUGGGCAGUAGAGAAAGUUCUUUUAGUGAUGAAUUAUCAAGUACAGUUGAGAGAGGUCGCAUGUACGCAACUCUCGGCCCAAACUGGCGAGUUCCCGUCUGUAACUCCGCUAGAAGCAGAAGUUAUAUAUACAGUAUCCCUGGGGCCGUGUCCAGCUAUGAAUGCAGUUCUUUGAGCAGUAUAACCAUUGAAGGGCCCUUACGGAGAAAGACUUUGAUGAAGGAGGGUAAAAAACCCACUCUCUCAUCAUGGCGGCGAUAUUGGAUUGUCCUGUCUGGCUCUAUUCUCAUCUAUUUUGGUUCCAAGGCACUAAGAGCAAAUGAGCGAAGACAUUAUAAAUCCAGGCCGUGUAAAAAGAUCACACUCACAGGUUGGAUGGUGGCACUGCUUGACAACCCUGAACAUCCCAACAUUUUCCAGCUCACUGAUCCUGAAAGAGGCAAUGUUUACAAGUUCCAGACUGGAUCGCGUUUCUCUGCCGUUAUCUGGCACAAACAUCUGGCCGAGGCUUGCAGAAGUACAAGACCACAGAUACCAGCAAACCUCAUGUCCUUUGAAUAGGCCUCGAGAGUGAUGAUAAAUUCAUGUGAAUACCUAAAAAUGUGAACAAUUUUUGAACUGUAUCUAGCCACCUGGGAAUGAUAUUUUUACACUUUGAAGAAAGAAAGAAACUGUGUUUUUUGCACUUCAACCUCUGUGCAAAUGGGCAUAAUAUUGCUGGAAAUGAAGUGGCAGCUGAUUAAGUUCAGAAAGUCGGAAAUUCAUUCGGAUGGAAACACAUCUGUGCCCACAGAAGAUGUCGCCUGGAAUUCAGUUUCAAUUCAGUUAGUUUUACCUAACAAACCUAAAGCUGUGUGUGAAAUAUGUUGUAAAUAAUGUGUCUAAAUAACAAUAUCUAAUUGAUGUUUCCAUGUGACUAAGUGCCAAAGUUAUGACUUGUAUUGUUACAGUUUUUCUCAAUCGAUUUUGCACAUAUCUCAGUCUAAAUGAGUCAUCAUUUCCCUAAAUAUUUAUCUCAAAUAAUGCAGAAAGAAAGGUUGUUUAUGGCUGCUGUCAUUGGUCAGUGUUGCUGGUCACUGAAGACCCUGUCACAGGACAACAUAGUGAGGUUAUUACUGUUAUUUUAUACUGUAAACUAAAAGCUUGAUAGACAUGAUAGAGGUUUUAUGUUCUUGUUGCUGAUGUGUGUGGUUUUAAAAGCACCCACAAUUUGAUGAUGUUGCUUUCAAUACAGUCCUCCAACAAUGAGAAAAAAACCCUGAAAAAAGUCUGUGUUGAUCAUUUUGAGUGCAUCGACCUAAGUGUAAAAAUGUGCAUAAAAUCGAUACAGAUCAACUGUGAACUUGUUAGCUUUACGUUAAAUUCAUGUUAGAUGUUUAAGAGCACCUUGAGAGCAAAAGUGGAAGUUGGAACACAGUCUAAACCUGCAUAGCGGGUUCAUUGUAGUGAUGUCACACACAUCUUACUUUCUUGUGGGUAAAAUACAGAUUUUUAUUAUAAGCACAUUACCUACAGUAAAUUAUGCUUGGGAAACUUUUGACAGUAAAUUGACCCUCCUCAGUACACUUCACAAGGCCAGUUCACAUCAACAGUAAUUACAUUUAACUCUUUCCCCGCCGUUAAUACAAUUUUCUGUCAUUUCUAACACAAGUGGUGAACUUGUCAUUAACAAGUUUUUCUGGAUUUCCAUGUUUUCAGUGAUAUACAGUACAGCACCUUGGAAAUUAUAAGGUUCUAUCGCCAUUCUGAGUUUUGAGAUAUUGAAAGUUUCUGCAUUUCAUAUAGCAAAAGUGAUAUGAGGAACAUGUCUCUGUCAUACAUGAUAAAAAUCCUCUUAAAUUUGUAAAUUAAAGCAAUAAGCCACCCUUAGCUGUUAUAAAAUGCAGUCUAACCCACUGCUUCGCGGGCUUUAUUGCUUCUAUAAAACGGUUAUUCCAUAUGCGUAGCAAGGUUUCAUAAAAUAAAGUAAAUAAAAUGAUAUUUAGGCUAUGUAAUGCGGUCAGCCGUUAUAAAUCGGGUAUUUUAUAACGGCUUAGAACUCGUCUCAGCCAAUCACAAUCAAGGACCAGAACUGACCGUUUUAUAAGGGGAUUUUUGGAACAGGUCAAAUGCAGACAGAACCUUCUAAUUCUAAAAAAUCACUUUUUGCUUGGAAUUAUAAAGUGCUAUCUUGCAAAACAUUAGCUACUGCAAUAAUUCUCAAGCAACACAAACAGUUUACUUAAAUUAUUUAAAACAUACAAUUAGUGUUGUAAUAAUGUGUUGACCGGUAUAAAAAAGUUACAUUGAACCAAGUUAAAAACGUCCCGAAAUGUACACAACUUAAAGGUGCAGUUUGUAACAAUUUUGCAGGAAAAUAUCCAAAAACCAUUAAGCUAGUGUUAUAUAUUUUGUUCAGCUGAGUACUUACAAUAUCUCAAAUGUUUCCAACUACUUGUACAUCAUGAGAAAAUCGCCAUUCUAAACAUUUACAUGGGAAUGUGCAGUAGUGUUGCUUUCGUCAAUGAAAAUUAUGACGAAAUAUGGUCGUCAACGAACCUUUAUCACGUGACGAAAACGAGACGAGACGCAACGUAAAUGCUGGUCAUGUGUCGAUGACUAUAAUUAAAUGUACAAUGCAAUAUUGUUGACGAAUAAAAACGAGACUAAAUGUGGUUUACAAAAUAAAAACUAUGCUAAAAUGUCUCUUCAUUGUCGUUGACCAAAACGAGACGAGACGAAACGUUAUUUCGUCUGAUGCGGAAUCCUGUUAUUUAAAUGUCAUCUGGCUGUUCUGCGUGUCUGAAUGAAUUAUGUGCACAGUCUAACAUACAACACGAGUGAUGGUCGAGUAUUUAUCUGUGCUGCACUGUAUGAGGAUGUGAACACAAGAACUUCAUCUCCAGAGUUGCUCUGAGUUUAUUUUACGAGCGUUUACUGUUUGAGUGAAGCUAUCGGCAAACACAAAAACUCAAGCGUCUAACCAAAGACCCGUCAAAAUAAAAGUCCCGUUAAAUUGAACACUCCGACAAAAAAUACUUUAGUGAACUAUAAUAACUUUAAACCUCUCUAGCUCCAGUGCUAUGUGCAAAAAAAGUCUGCAUUAAUUUACUGCAUUCUGUAUGCUACUACAGGGCACUGAGGGCACUUACUCUUCUCCUGUUGGUUCUUUGCAAUGCUGGCAAAUGUAACCUUCCAGUUGACUUGCCAAAUCACUUACAUUUGUUUUAUUAAUAAAGGAUAUUGGAAGUAAAAUCGGUCUGGGUUAUGACAAAUGCUACACACAGCGAGAAAAAGAAAAUUUGUAUAGGAAAAAGAUGCAUCGAGAAUUGUUUUAUCAUCACAUUCGCCCUCUGAAUCGUAAUCGAAUCGCAUCGUGACGUGCCUAGAGAUUCCCACCCCUACCGAUGGCCGUAAAUUCAAAUCAGACGUCUUCCGUGUCUGGAAUAAGAUAACCUUGUUUGAAAUGGGUUUGGCUAAAAUAAUAUUUUGGUUUCGUCUAUACUACUAGGUACUUAUACUGACUGGGUUACAUAGAAUUGCAUUACAAAAAAGAGACUAAAAUACAAUUUUCAUUGACUAAAACUAGACUAAAAUGUCAUCAGUUUUUGUCGACUAAAACUAGACGAAAAUAGUCAUGGAUAAUUCUGACUAAAAUAAGACUAAAAUGCUCAGACUUUUAGUCGACUGAAACUUGACUAGACUAAAAAGUGUAUGAACGUGACUAAAACUAAUAAAAACUAAAAUGACAGCUUGACACAAAGACUAGACUAAAACUAAAAUUAAAACAGGCCGCCAAAAACAACACUACUGUGCAGUCGCCUGUCAAUGGCAUCAUAUCCACGUUCCCCUUUGUUACCGCCUUUACUGACGUAGAAACAGCAUGACAACAGUGUCGUGGACAAAUGCGGAAGUAGUGUGUUGCGUCUAGCAAGCCACUGACUUGUUUCGAGCAGUCACUUAUUUAUGGACCACAAUUAUUUACAACAAUUAUAAAACUUUACCUCAUCUGCUAACAUGAUUUCUCAUUCCCGUCUGAUUGAUGGCCAUCAGCGGUGGAGUUGAAGACAACAGAUCCCAUCAUUCCAUGCUCCUUCACAGCGUCAUCAAGCUAUGGCAUUCUUGUUGUUUUGAUCGUGCGCCCUCUAGCGGCGUUUUUUUUACAAACUGCACCUUUAAAGAAAAAACAUCACAUAAAUAUGUAAAUAACUUGUCACAGAAUAAGAAUGUGAAUAAAUGAAAAGUUAUAAAAUGUGAUACAAAUGUUGAUAGAUUCCAAGGUGACAAGUAGGGGUCGGAUUUGAUAUAUUCUAUAUUUUUAUAUACAGUAGAUGAAAAUAUUCUGGGCCAUGUGGUAUUGCCAAAUACCACAGUGGAACCCAUAAAUGUGUGCCAAUCUAAACUUCAGUUUGAGGUUCUACAAGGUCUACAGACAAUAUGAACAAACUGUUAUGGCUUUAUGAUGUCUGAAUGCUUCUCGGCAGAGGUGUAAAGUACUUAAGUAAUUGUACUUUAUUACAGUUUUUAAGUAUGAGGUUCAUUACUAACACUAGUUACUUGUAUAAACCUUCAUCUUAUUUUUACCUUGAAAGGUACAGUCGUUUUGUAAAACUAAAGAAUGAAAAAUACAUUUGUAGUUAGAUGGAGUAAAUUACACAGUUUGAGGUGGGGCCACGUUUCUUAUUGGACUACUGCUUUACAACUGUGAUGUUUACAUUUAUAUUACACCCAUAAUUUCAUCAAAACUCAAAACAACCAGGUAGUAAAUACAGGAAAUAAAAAGACCUGGAAACCAGAAAGACACCAUCAGAUGCAACAGCCGCUUAGUCUUGUGGGUUUAAUGUUCGCUCUAUCAGAAUUUAUUCAGCAAAUACGUUUCCAUUUUUCAUUAUUCGCAUUAACUGAUUUCCAUCAUACGUUUCUGAUGCGAAACUUCCAAAUGUGCACAAAACCAGGGUGAUGGAAACCCGACUUGUGACAAGAGUUUCUCUUUAUAGUGAAGUGAUUUCCAUUCAUCUUUAAGACUUACAGAAUCUAUCAAUAUGUUCCUUUGCACUUUUUAAUGUAGCUUUCAUUUUCAAUUUGGAAAUAGUAAAUGUUUGAGAGUAUGUGCAAAGAACACACACUCAGUAUUUUUUACAUUUCUACUUUUCUGGCAUCAAAGCGUGGGCAGCUUCAGUAAGUAGGUAUUCAAAUGAACAAUGUCCUGAAAAAUGUGAAGAAUUGUUGUGUUCUGCAAUAUCUCUGAACAUCUUUCUCCUCCCUUGUGGACUGAUUCAUUCUUUUGGAAAACUAUAAUGCCUUUUUAGUCGUAGUUCACAUAAUUAGGCUAUUUAUUUAGCUUCUUUAUUUUUUUGCUUAUUUUUGAAUACUUUGGCUUGUAUAAAUUGAAACAUAUGUAUAAAAGUACAUUGCAAAGUCCAGCAUUUUACACAAUGACACGUUUAUGAAGUGUAGAAAUACGACACAAUGAUAUGAUAUUAGGGCAUUUGUGCAAUGUAUGUCUAAUGAACUUUGAUCAAAAUGCUGUAUAAAUGAAAUAAAGUGAUCAAGGUGCAAACUGAA